AUGAGCGGCCCGGUCGGCUUCCACGCAACGAAAAAGGCGAGACCCGGAGUUGCGGAGGUGGAGUUGGCCUCCGGCUCCGAUUCUCCGAUGCGAGGGGCCCGUGGCGUGGCGGGUCUGAACUUCACCUGGCCGGUAGCAGAGCUGCACGUGGCCUCAGUCCCGGAGAUGCCGAGCACCUCCAUCACCCGCCUGAGCUGCGGGGUGGAUUUGCAGGGCAACCAGGUGUGCAUGUGCGACGCUGGGUGGUAUGGCCCGCAGUGCGACCAGUUGUGCAAUUGCACUGGCGCGGGAAUUGCCAGGUGCAACGAGGGCCCCGAAGGGGACGGCAGCUGCAUUUGCAAAGACGGGUAUUUGGGCGAGCGGUGCGACCAAUGCAAGCAGUACUACUACAACUUGGAGAAUGGCUGCGCCAUCUACUGCCAUCCGGAUGACUACUGCAACGGCCACGGCGAGUGCACGACGCACCCGGUGACGCAUCAGAUCAACGGAUGUCAGUGCUACCAAGAAUGGGCGGGCCGGAGCCCCGGACCUACGCGGCGCUAUGGGUCGGUAUACUGCACCAAGAACACCACCUGCAGCGGGAAGGGUGCGCUCCCCGGAGGGCGCCGUCCGGCGAGGACCUACGGGAGGCACCUCCUUUGGCGAAUCGACCAGAAGUGA